AUGCCAGCAACGUCCCACCAUUGCCAGGUCUCUGAGGCGGGCGAAGCGACAAGCGCGGGGGUCUUCGCCAUGUGCUGUGCCAUGACGCCCAAGAGAGCCAUGCUGCGGCAGAUUGGCAACAGGUGCUUCUGUGCUGAGCUGAGCUCUCAUCCGGACUUGAAAUCGCAAGAGGCAGUUGAUGCGCACUGUGCCAGCGUGGUGAAGCCCUGCCCACAGUUUCGGCAGGAGGAUUGCUGCCAGCUGACUCCGGCCAAGUACCUGGUGGGCGAUGAUAUCGGCGUGCAGACGGGCGUGGACCCCUCCCAGAUGUGCACCUGCGCAGGUCCGUUGAAGGCCAGCCGCUACACCGAGCAAGAGGCCAUUGACAGCGCCUGUGGCAAGCUGUUCACCCCAUGCAGCGAGCUGCAAGAGGUGCAUUGCUGCUUGUCCUCACCAAUGCGGUUCAGGGACGGCAGCGGCGAUCGCUGCUUUUGCUCUGGACCAGUUGCACAUGGACGCUUCAAGUCACAAGAGGUGAUCGAUGAGAGAUGUAGUGACGAGCUGAAGUCCUGCGACGACCUGAAAGUCGCGAGCUGCUGCGCCAAGACGCCGAAGCAGGUCCGCGUCAGCGACGGCAUGGGAGGCUGCUGGUGCUCUGGGCCCUUCCGGAAUGGAAACACCACCUACACCCAGCAGGUGAUCGAGGCGAAGUGUGCUUCUGCAAGUACAAUCCAGAUGUGA